AUGUCUGCCAUCAGUCUUCCAAAACCAACGCGCAUCGCCCCCAUAGGGUCAGAGACAACUGGCCUCUCCUUUGCCACCUUGCAUCUUACACAAUCUCCAGAUGCAGAGGUCACGAUAUAUGAUACCAGGCCGGACUUGAAGGCGUACAUCAAAGAAACACUACCAGGGUACCUUAGCACCCUCUGUCCAACCCAAACGCUCCCUUCCCUCCAUUCCUCAGACCGCCUCACCCUAGCAGCCGACCUCGCCACCGCCGUCUCAACAGCCGACAUAAUCCAAGAGCAAGGCCCCGAAACCCCCCUCCUUCAAACAGUCCAUCUGGCAACAACACCUCCGGCAUCCCCCGCCUCCACCCAGGCAAUUAACAUGCGCGAUAAAUCCCGCUUGAUCGUCGUCCACCCUUACAACCCGCCACACAUCAUGCCGCUUCUUGAACUAGUCCCAGGCUCCAACACCACCGGCUGA